UAUAUGAGGUAUAUUAUGACAUUUGGCUUAUGGACUUAAUUACAUUACUUUCAUUUAGAAGAAAUUCUUAUCCAGAGCACCUGCAAUAUAUGAGUGCAUCCACCCCAGGUAUAUGAGCAACCUGACAAACAGCAUUCCAAGACCAGUGAAGAAACGUAACUUGAUCUCCUAAGAGCACCGUCCUAAACAACGGAAGCAGUAUUGAAUUACCUUUCACAUGUCCCUCAGUUCUGUAUGAGCACAAUAUUUCUGACCGCUCACGGUUAAUAUAUAGGCUUCAAAACUAUGGGAGGUACUUGUGUGCCCUAGAGUUUUACGUGUUUUUUUCCUCAUUUGCGAAGAGAGGCCACAGAGUAAUAACAUAAAACAUACUGAAAGUCUGUCCAUAGUGCCCCAAAUAAAUAAAAAAUGCCUAGUAAGUUUUAAGAGAGAGGGAGAAGACAAAUUAUCUUCUGAAACAUUAUGUUAAGCCCCUGCUUCUUUUCACACUACAGUCCACAUGUCAAGCUCACACAAACAUUAUUAUUAUUGCCUCAGAUACUAGUGUUGCAUGUAUUUACAGCCUUAAAGUACUGUAAAAUAAUAGUGGUAGCCUUAUACAUAUAUUGUGUUUCACAUAGCUAACACUUUCCCUGAAACACUUUCCUUGUUUAAAGGUGCUGUAUGCAAGUUUUUUUUAGAACACUUUUGUUCAUGUUUGGUAAAAUUUCCUUCACAUUCUGACAGUUCUGACAUCAUUAAUUUAUGAGCUCUAAGAAAAAAAUCUGGUCUCCCUGACCGUCCCAGGCUCUGAAAUCAGCCAGUCUAAAUUUCACCAUGCCUGAAUCUUAACAACCAAUCAGGACAGCUCUCUCCAAGGAGGCCAAGUAUGACAGCUCUCAGCCUGUCAAUCAUGUUGCAAGUCUACAGCGUUAUCAGAGCAAGGAUAACGCAGAAAUAGUACUAUCGCUAGCUAGUUGCCAAGAAAACAAAACAAGAACGGCAGAGAAAAAUCCGCCAAAAUGACCAGUUUCGCCUUUGACUGCGACAGUGUAUGCUGAUUUUUGAAAAACAAUUUAAAAAAGACUGUCGAAGAAAAGAUUAUGAUCGAAAAGGGAUUGAACUGAGCAAGAGACAAGACUCGAGUUAACAUCGGUUCAGCUUUUCAGCGAUGGCAAGCGAUGUUUUGAACAAUUAAGGUUAGAUCUAUUAUAACCCUCAUUGAUUUUUUAGUCUGAUUAAGUUUGGGUUUUAACUUCAUUCUCAAUACGCAUUCACACACACACACACACACUCUACAACUGCUUCCCACUGUUAGAGACAGAUGGCCACACAGAGAGUUCAAUCAUUUUUUGUAAGGAUGUACAAUAGCCGUAGAUCAAAGGAGUGUCACUGGCAGCAGGCCAAAUGGGCGUCCCGGGAAGUCUUGGUGCAAUGUAUAUUCCUUCCUGGGAACGUUCACGCUUGGCAAUUACCACACCUCUGACCAACAUACUUAAACCUUCACAUGUCGAGGCACCAUUGCGAGUCUCUCUUUGCGCAUCAUAAUAAAACCUUUUCAAUAUGAAAGUGCUGAUCAGUGUGUUACUUCACCGGUCCCAACUUGGUUCCACAACACCCAACAAAUGUAAUGUAACUGAGCAGCUGACGUAUCUAGAAAGGGUUAGUUAGCUGAUGUAUUUAGCACACGGUUUAAAUUAUAGCAACGCGGUAUGCUAAGUGUCAUUAUAUAGCUUAUCUGUAACUAGCUAAAUUGCCACCUAUGCUGUUCAAGUGAAGAAGGUGAGGUAGACAUCUGCAUGUCUUUGGGCCUUCAAGGAGUUGAAGGCAGCCCUGCUCACUGCCUCAGUGCUUGUGCAGAUUUCUGUCUUCCCCUCCAUGCCAGUAAGAAGAGUCCGCUGCAGGUCCAGGAAAGGUGAGAGAAGGCAAUGGUCUAUGCCAGCCAGAGCCUGCACCCAGAAGAGCAGAAGGUCCGGAACAGCACCUUCAAGCUUGAGCUGCUGGUGCUGAAGUGGGCCAUGACUGAGAGGUUCAAUCAAUCAAUCAAUCAAAUUUUAUUUGUAUAGCGUAUUUUACAACAGUUGUCGCAAUACGCUGUACAGACAACCCUAGCCUAAACCCCCACAGGAGCAAGCCUAAGGCAACAGUGGCAAGGAAAAACUCCCUGGGCAGAUGGGGAGAAACCUUGGAAGGAACCAGGCUCAAGGAGGAAACCCAUCCUCCUCUGGUCGGCUCAGGGCGCCGACAGGUGACCAGCAUGUCAGCCAGUUUAUGCAGAAGAUUAUGUUCAAGGCGUAUCUGAUUAUUUAUGAGGCUUUACGGACCACAACCCCCCUGAUACCUAUAACUACAGAAUGGCUGAGGGCUCAGGACCAGCGGGGGGUGUCCCAGCUAGCGAGCUAUGAUGUGGAGGUUACGUAUCAGCCAGGGGAUCACAGUGCCAUUGCUGACCUGUUGACAUGUUUGCCAGAGGAGGAUGGGGUUGCAGGAGAAUGGGGUUUCAUGGGGAAGAUGCCACGGUAGUCAAAGGCGAGUAGGGACUGUGAGUUUCUGCAGUAGUAGGAUGUCCACCUGAGGACUUUGGUUGGUCAGCUGUGGUGUGAGGAGUGGACCGUAGCGGAGCACCAGCAGAGGAGGGUCGGUGUUGGAGAGAGUGGGAGAGGUUCUGGAUUCAAAGGAGGGUCCUUUACCGUCAGGUGCAAGAUCCGGUCGAGAAUGGUCUGACGUGGUAGGUGUUGGUGACCUGGAUGGAAGCACAUGGCAUCUGGCAGCAGAGAUUUACUGGGCAGAGAUGGGUGCAGAUGUGUGGAAGUAGAGGGCGGAUUGUGACCAAUGCAUGGCGGUUAAGACCAGCCUGGAGGUAAGGGCCUCCCUUGUCCCCCCCUUUUCCACCUUCUACCUGUUGGAGGUGGUGGCCGUGGACAACCUCACUCGGGGGUGUCUCAGUGACAUGUACCCCUAUCUGCUUGUAGUCACUGACUUGUUCUUCUAGGUAGGAGUGGGCAGUGCCAGUACGGGACCAGACAGCGGAAACAACAGUGAUGGCAUCAUGGGGCUCAACUUGGGACAGACUGUACACAAUGGCUUUUUCAUCAAACAUCACUACAUUUACUCUUUCUGGACUUAAUUUAACGAAGGAUAGCAAAUACAUAUUUUUUUCAAUGGCUCUUCUGGCAUAUUUUAUGGUGUUAUUUUUCAAUCUUAGUCUUGCUAUUACUGUUAUCCAUGAAAAGACACUUCAUGAGCCCAUGUACAUUUUCCUGUGUAAUUUGUGUAUCAAUGGAAUAUAUGGAACCUCAGGUUUCUACCCAAAAUUCCUGCUUGACAUAAUCAGUGACUCACGUGACAUUCCAUAUAGUGGAUGUCUACUUCAAGUAUUUGUGAUUUAUUCCAGCGUUAUGUGUGAUUUUACCACACUGACAGCAAUGGCAUAUGACAGGACUGUGGCCAUAUGUCAGCCAUUAGAAUAUCACUCUAUAAUGACGACCCAGGCUGUUGUUACGUUGCUAAUAUUUUGCUGGCUGCAUCCUUUGUUUUGUUCAGUUCUUAUGAUCACUUUGACAAGUUUGUUGUCUUUAUGUGGGUCUCACAUAGACAAACUGUACUGUGACAACUGGUCUAUUGUGCGGCUUUCUUGUGUUCCUGCCAGCACACUACAUCAAGUGCUUGGAUUCCUUGUAGUACUUUCAUUCAUGGCACAUGCCAUUUUUAUCCUUUAUUCAUAUAAGAAAUUGAUCACGGCAUGUAGAAAUUCUAAAGAGGACAAGCUGAAGUUUAUGCAGACCUGUGUACCACAUUUAGUUACCAUAACAAUUUUUUCAAUAUCUGUGCUUUUUGACACAAUGUACAGUCGAUAUGGAUCAAAGGAUACCCCACAGAGUCUACGCGAUUUCAUGUCUUUGGAAUUGUUAAUAAUCCCACCCCUUUUCAACCCUAUUAUUUAUGGAUUAAAACUUACUGAGCUUCGCAGAAGAAUCCCGAGACCAUGCAAAAGACUUACAGCUGCUCAGAACAGUGAACCCAGAAGAAGAAUAAGAAGAAAAAUAAUAUUUUCAUGAUAAGUUCAUUUGUUCAUUGAUUACAGAUAUGCAUAAAUUGAUAUAUUACAUGCUGAGCAAUAUUAUAUGCUAAGGAAUAUGGUCAUAGCAUGUGAAAAUGUAUAAGAUAUGUCAGGGAAUAUGAGCAAAUAUCAAUUAUUAUAGUUAUGAAUCAAUGUUUUCAUAUGUCGAGAUUGCUGGUGAGAUUACUGAUUACUUGGAAAACUAUAUACUGUAAAACAGCACAUUUUAAAAAUACAUUCUGAAAUACAAGCAUGCAACUGUAUGAAUGAGAGUGGCUAUAUACAUUAAAAAAUUAUUCAUGAAUGACAUAAUAUUGAUAGUAUGGAUUUCAUACAAAUAUACUGGUAAAUUUCAAAUGGAGUAAAGUUCAUUAUCAUUAAUAGUCACGGGUAGAUACUCUUUAUAUUGACAAUCAAUUAAUAAACUUGAGAUCAAA